UCAGGCUAGUAUCGAUCCGAUCCAAUGCUGACUCGGUAUCGAUAUUUCGGCUCGAUCCGCCCACCGCUUGCUGCUGCUGCUGCUGCUGCUCCUGUCGGCCGUCGUCUCGUCGUCUCGUCUUCUCUCCGGUGUGACGGCGGCGAUGCGGAGCGAGGCCGCGGACCAGCAGCCCUCAGUGCCCGGCCGAGCUGCGUGUUGUCGUGGUGGCGGUCUGCGGGGGAUGCUGGCACUCGCCGAGGCCGGAUAGUAGACGCGGUAGACGGCGGAGCUCCGUGGGCCAAUCUGGGCCCCGCCGACGGAGGUUCUUAAGAGGCGGGUGGGAAUAAGUCGCCCCGCCUGCAGUGGCCAAUUACGGGCUCGAGCUUCUUGAUGCCCCGGAGGCCCAGCGGAGGAGCACUGAGCGCACGGCCCCGCAGCGGGGCUUGUUCGGCGGCCACGUAGCGGAGGUAAAGCGGCGUCGUCGCCGGCCGCGCUUGUCUCUGCCUCAACACGCCAUUCGAUUCCACUGAACCCCGAGCUGUCUGGAGGAACCCCCCCAUGAAUCCACUCAAUCAGAUGAAGGGCGGACUGGCCAGCAACCCACACAGCGAGGGUCCGUACGGGUACGAGCCCCCCGGAUGGCAGCAGCCCACCAACCAGCCCCCGGGGUCCCUGUCGGUGGUCACCACCGUGUGGGGGGUCACCAACCCCUCGGCCACUCAGGGCCUGGGCGGCGGUGUGAUGGGGCCCGGGGGCAACCCGGCCGGUGCGCCCGUGAUGCAGGGCCCCGGCGGUCCAUCCGUGGCGGGGGGCUACGUGGGUGAGCAGAGCUAUGGGGAACCCAACAAGGCCUACCUCAACCAAGGCGUGUACGGCCGGCCCAGCGGGGGAUAUGUGGGCGGAUACCCGGGAAGCUACCCCCCCAAUCCCAGCGGGUCCAGAGGGGCGCCGGACUUCACGCAGGCGGCGGCCGCCGCCGUGGCCGCCGCCGCCGCCACGGCUACCGCCACGGCCACUGCCACCGUGGCCGCCAUCCAGGAGAAGCAGAACCAAGAAAUGAACUAUGGACAGAUGGUCGGCCCCUCGUACAACAACCAGUUCAUGGCCCACUCGGUGCCGCGCGCCCCGCCCGUUAUGUCACCCGGAGGCAUGGGGCCGGGGCCCGGACCCUCCAGGGGCCCGGCCUCCGUGAGCCCCACGUACGGGCCCGGAGGCCCCCAGAGGGUCACGCAACACCAGAACUACGCACCCGUGCCGCAUCAGGCUCAUCUGCGGCCCCCGCAGGGUCUGAAGCGCGCCUACAACUCGGAGUCUUUCCCGGGGGUGUCUCAGCAGUACAGCGUUCCUGUUGGCUUCGGUCCUGGCGGAGCCGCCGGUUCCGUGCUGGGUUCGGGCGGGGGCGGACCACCUGGACCCGGCUCGUACUCUCAGUACCACCCAGGUGCUGGUGGUCCAGUCCCGGCCCCCUCCUACCAGAAGAUGUCCCUCCCCCAGUGUCCCCCCAACUCCCAAUACUACAAGCAGGAGCCGUUCAACAGUCAGGGCGGAGCUUUAAGUGUGAUGUCAGCAGGGGGCACUGCAGGAGUCUACACCUCCUUUAACCAACCUUCUGGGAGCGCGAUGCAUAAGGAUGGCGCCAGAGCCCGCCAGCAGACUCCGAUGGCCCGUUUCUGCUCCGCUCUACCCGCCGCUAGCAAGGCUGUAACGACCAAAGAUGUUACGCCUGCCCGAGGGUUACCAACCUACCCGAACUCUCCGGUUCCCGGGAACCCGACUCCGCCCAUCACGCCGGGCAGCUCCGUGGCGCCGCCCUACAUGUCGCCCGGCAACAGCGACCUCAACAAACCCUCCUUUCUGCCCGACAUCAAACCGGCCCCGCCCGCAGGUAACCCGAGCGACGACCUGCGUCUGACCUUCCCGGUGCGAGACGGCGUGGUCCUGGAGCCCUUCAGGUUGGAGCACAACCUGGCAGUCAGCAACCACGUCUUCCAGCUCAGAGACUCUGUGUACAAGACGCUUGUCAUGAGGCCAGACCUGGAGCUUCAGUUCAAGUGCUACCACCAUGAGGAUCGGCAGAUGAACACCAACUGGCCAGCCUCUGUCCAGGUGAGCGUGAACGCCACACCGCUGAGCAUCGAGCGCGGCGACAACAAGACGUCGCACAAGGCUCUGUACCUGAAGCGCGUGUGCCAGCCGGGCAGGAACACCAUCCAGAUCACCGUCACCGCCUGCUGCUGUUCGCACCUGUUCGUCCUGCAGCUGGUCCACCGUCCGUCGGUGCGUUCGGUCCUUCAGGGUCUGAUGAAGAAGAGGCUUCCCGCCGAGCACUGCGUCGCCAAGAUCAAAAGGAACUUCAGCAGCGGCACCAUUCCCGGGACCCCCGGGCUCAACGGCGAGGAUGGCGUGGAGCAGACGGCCAUCAGGGUGUCGCUCAAAUGUCCCAUCACCUUCAGACGCAUACAGCUGCCGGCCAGAGGCCACGACUGCAGACACAUACAGUGUUUCGACCUGGAGUCGUACCUGCAGCUCAACUGUGAGAGAGGAACAUGGAGAUGUCCCGUGUGCAACAGUAAAACGGCGCUGCUGGAGGGUCUGGAAGUGGAUCAGUACAUGCUGGGAAUCCUCAUCUACGUUCAGAAUUCCGAGUACGAGGAGAUCACCAUCGACCCGGCGUGCCGCUGGAAGCCGGUCCCGGUCAAGCCGGACGUCCACGUCAAGGAGGAGUCGGACGGCCCGGUCCCGAAGCGCUGUCGGACCCUCAGCCCGAGUCACGUGGUGCUGCCCAGCGUCAUGGAGAUGAUCGCCUCCCUGGGCCCCGCCCCUUCAUCGGCGGGCGGACGCGGCGACACGCCCGACUACGCGGCGACAGCGUAUGCCGGUCCGCCACCGUUCUCGGACUCGAGCGCGGGCCCCUCGACCCCGGGUGCGGUCGGGCGGGACUUCUCGUCGCCCGGCCCCCCGCCCCUCUCCUACCAGUCGGAGCUGCCCGCCGGCCUCCUCGCCGCCGGCGCCGGCAAGCCGCUGCCGGCGGGACAGAUGGCUUCCCACCGCGUGCCCCUCCCUCAGCAACCGUCUGUCGGUCUCCACGGCAACCCCCAGGCGGGCGGGGGCGUCACCCACACGCUGCAGCAGCGGAGCAACCAUGACGCUCGUCUCCAUGGCAACGCCUUUGGACUCGGGCACGGCGCGGACGUUCCGGAAGCUUCUCUCGACCUGCUUCCCGAGUUGAGCAACCCGGAUGAGCUGCUGUCCUACUUGGGCCCGCCGGACCUCCCCAAUGGCGGCGGCGGCGGCAACGACGACCUGCUGUCACUCUUCGAGAACAACUGAGCGGACGCGUCCACCUGCGACCGUUCCUCGCUUGUCUAACCACAAUCAAGACUUUGAUUUGUUUUUGCUGUUUCAAAUUUCCUGUUCAACUCCCCACCCCAAACAUCCGUGAGCGCGUCAUGGACGGAUUUGCUCGGAUUUUCGUGUCGCUGCGCUCGAAGCAAAAUGCCACCGAUCCGGGCAAACAAAUCACAAAAAUAUCCAUCCGACUUUUUUUCCCCCUUUUAUUUUAUUUCUUUUUGUUCUGUUGGCACACAGCUAGCCCCCGCCUCCUCCGGAAGCUCCUGCGGCUGCCGCACGACGGACAGGAAGUGCACGAAUGUGGUACGGGCGACUUCCCGCUUCCCCGGCCUCGGUUGGACGCCGGUCGGGAGCCGUCGGAUCGGGUCGUCGCCCGGACUCGGACGCUCGUUUGUGUGCCGCUCUGCUCGUAAAACGUGGCUGCUGACCUUGCUUCCUGGCAUGGUCAACCUCGUUUCCUGUCCGUGACAUGGAUGUUGUGCCGUGGCUCAAUAAAGUCGACAUGAUUCCUAGUGCAAAAUUAAACAAAUAUGUUUCUUUA